ACUUGUUUUAAAUAAGGAAAACCCUCUGAGAGAUUUCUCUCUCUCUCUAUUUUUUCCUGUAGCUAUGGUCGUUUUCAUCAUGACAAAACUAUCAUCUCUCUCGGCCUUUUCUCUCACCUUCUCUCCCCUCCCCACCUCUUUUUCUCCUCUUUUUAUUUCAUUCCUUCCUCAGGCCUGCCUCCAUUCAGUCUCACUCCAGCAUUAUGCUGCUCCGAGCGAUUAUCAAACCUGAGAAUAUUUUUUUUUCCCCCAUCCCCAUGCAAAUCACCUCACCGUGUUCUUUUAUCUGCCCCCGCCCCACCCCAGCCAACCCCCCUCCGAACCGUUUUGUGUAAUCAAAGUAAACGGCAGCUAAAGCAAAAAGGGAAACGCUCUUUGUGGAGAUGGAUGGAGGGAUUAAAUAUUAACCGGAUGCGGCCGACUUAAGGCGAGUGUUUUACAUAGCUGCUCCCGCCACGGAUGCCGCACAUUGAUCCCCCCCUCCGCCACCUCCUCCACUCACCCCACCUCACCCCACUUCCCUUCGCCCCGGUGCCUUUACUUGUUUGGUCGCCUGCCGUUAAUUUUUCACCAUCAACUCGCCGGCUGGGUCUGGAGAACAGAAACAGAGCGGGUGGAGGAGAGGGAGGCCAACGAAUGGUUCAGCCAUCAUCCACCCUCUCUCCCUCUCCACCACCACCACCACCCACUCCUCUGCUUUUAACAGGGGCAGCAUACAUGCCCGAGGAUGAGCUUAAGGCAACCAGUCAUGACGAGGAAGAGCACCUGCAGGAUGAUGGCCUCUCUUUAGACGGACAGGACACGGAGUUCCUGUGCAAUGACGAAGAGGAGGAUGCGGAUGGAGGCCAGCCACCUAGCUACAGAGACUCUCCACUUAGCAAUGGUACUAACCCGGAUGCCGGAUAUGGGUCUCCACUCAGUGACGCUAGCGACAGACUUGCAGAUAUCAAGAGCACCUCUUCCAGGGAUGGUCAGGAGAGGGAAGGCUCUGCUCCGCCCUACCGUCCCAACAACGGCCUGUCUUUCCAGGACAGCCUGGCACAGAUGAAAGCCGUCUAUGCAAACCUCAUCUCAGAUGCCUCUUGGUCUAGCAUCACAAUGGACAUCAUGAAAUCAAAGCCUGCUGCAGCCGGCAGUGUCAACACUGCCCACACGACUCCAGAGCCUGUCUCUGCUGUCUCUGUCUCACCGACUACAACCACAAACAAGAGCAGUGUGGUGAACAUGGCCAACAGUCACCACAACGGUAGAAGCUCCACCAACACUGUCAACCACACAGGCAACGCGAGUGCCAACACCAAUGGUACGACAACUAGCUCCGCAAGCAGCCACAGCGCGACGAGCAGCAGUGGAAGCAGUGCCGGUGGAGCCAGCAACGGAAGUGGUGUAGCCUAUGACUGGCACCAGGCAGCGCUCGCCAAAACUCUUCAGCAGACCCCAUACCACCUUUUACCUGAGCCUAGUCUCUUCAGCACAGUGCAGCUCUACCGGCAGAACAACAAGCUCUACGGCUCUGUUUUUACUGGUGCAAGCAAGUUUCGCUGCAAAGACUGCAGCGCCGCUUAUGACACGCUAGUGGGAUUGACAGUUCACAUGAAUGAGACGGGCCACUAUCGCGAUGACAACAAGGACAAAGAGGAGGACCAGGGCAAGCGCUGGUCCAAACCACGUAAGCGAUCCUUGAUGGAAAUGGAGGGGAAGGAGGAUGCUCAGAAAGUACUGAAGUGUAUGUACUGCGGCCACUCGUUUGAGUCCCUACAAGAUCUCAGCGUACACAUGAUCAAGACCAAGCAUUACCAGAAAGUGCCUCUCAAAGAACCCGUGCCAGCCCUGGCUACUAAGCUGGUGCCAACUUCAGCUAAAAAACGUGCUAUUCAAGAUGUUAUAGUCUCUCCAUGCUCCCCAGACUCCAUCCAUGCUGGUAGUGGUGGCGGUGGUUCUGUGUCUCUUGGGGAUAUGGGCAAAGAUUCGAAAGCUACCGCUAACCCCUACGUGACGCCGAACAACCGCUAUGGCUACCAAAAUGGUGCCAGCUACACGUGGCAGUUUGAGGCUCGCAAAGCGCAGAUCCUUAAAUGCAUGGAGUGUGGGAGUUCACAUGACACACUGCAACAGCUGACUGCCCACAUGAUGGUUACAGGUCACUUUUUGAAGGUUACAAACUCUGCAUCUAAGAAGGGCAAACAGUUGGUCUUUGAUCCAGUGGUGGAAGAGAAGAUUCAGUCAAUCCCACUACCACCGACCACCACCAGACUCCCUGUUCCCAGUACUGUAAAAUCCCAACCAGUAUCCCCUGCCCUCUCCUCUGGCUCUGAGGAUAAAAGAGAGGUGUUAGAGGAUGAAAAACUUGAAGGAUGUGAGCCUAUUGAGAAAAAAAUCAAGGAGGAGAAAGAUGACGCAAGUGAGAAAUCAGAAACUGAUACUACAUCUUAUAAAUACCUUAGAGAAGAAGAUCUGGAGGAAACGCCUAAAGAGGGUUUAGAUAUACUAAAGUCUCUCGAAAACACUGUAUCCAGUGCCAUCAGCAAGGCCCAGACGGGCACUCCCACAUGGGGUGGCUAUCCUAGCAUUCAUGCUGCCUACCAGCUGCAAGGUGCAAUUAAAAGUUCAGCUACUGUUCUUCCCCCAACCGUCCAGAGCGUUCAGAUGCAGCCAAUGUUUAAUAGUGGGCUACGAAGUCUUGUGAGUGACUCCAACUCCGUCAUCCACUCCCCUCGUAGCCCUUCCUCCCCGACUCUCCUCAGGAGUAACGUCACUGCCAUGGAGGAGCUUGUUGAGAAAGUGACAGGAAAAACUGCCACCGUGAAGAAAGAAAAAGAGGAAAAGCUGGUCAGUCUAGAGCGUUGUAGGCCACCGUCAUUAGUGAAAUCGCCCUCUCCUGCACUGAGAGAGCAGAGAGAGCAAUUACCGUCCCCAAACGACCUUUCUGUAGGUAAACUGUCCGGCCUGAGAAGUAUCAGCCCAGGUAGUGUAGACUCUGAGCUUAUUUGUAAGAAGGAGCCCAAAGAGAGUCUGUUGGACGGCCACAGCAACACUUCAAAAAAUGGCUCAGAGGCAUCCCAGUCUCCAGUAACAAAUGGGAACAGUCUUGGCAUCAUCACGGACCACUCACCUGAAAGUCCUUUUAUCAACCCUCUGAGUGCACUCCAGUCAAUCAUGAACACGCACCUGGGAAAGGCUUCUAAACCUGUGAGUCCAGCAGCGGAUCCGUUGUCCAUGCUUUACAAAAUCAGUAACAGCAUGAUGGACAAACCAGCUUUUACCCCAACUCCUCAAAGCAAGGCGACUGAGCCCGUUAACCACUUUCAGCUGUAUGAAAGUAAUGACCAGCCCAUAGACCUGAGCAAAAAUAAGGCCACCACUAAUAGCAGUACCAAUACCAACAGCAGCAGCGUGUUGUUGACCAACAAUAGCGUAAACGGCAACAAGCCUCUUAUCUCCCUCCCUGAAUCUGUCUCCUCUCCUCUGAGAGAGAAUGCUCUAAUGGACAUUUCGGAUAUGGUGAAGAACCUCACAGGACGACUGACGCCCAAAUCGUCAACUCCCUCCUCCAUCUCAGAGAAGUCUGAUGCCGAUGGCAGUGCAUUCGAGGAUGCCCUGGAGGACCUCUCGCCGGUACAGAAGAGGAAAGGGAGGCAGUCCAAUUGGAAUCCUCAGCAUCUUCUCAUCUUGCAAGCACAGUUCGCCUCUAGCCUGAGGGAGACCCCAGAGGGCCGUUAUGCAAUGACCGACCUGGGCCCUCAGGAAAGGGUCCACAUCUGCAAAUUCACAGGGCUCUCGAUGACCACCAUAUCUCACUGGCUGGCAAACGUGAAGUAUCAGCUGAGACGGACUGGGGGCACCAAGUUUCUCAAGAACAUGGACUCAUGCCAGCCCGUGUUCCUCUGUGGUGACUGUGCCUCUCAGUUCAGGACUCCCUCCUCCUACAUCAGCCACCUGGAAUCUCACCUGGGCUUUAGCCUGAAGGACCUGUCCAAACUGUCAGCGGAGCACCUACGGGAGCAGCAGGCUGCCUCAAAGGUGAUCACAGACAAAAUGACAUUCGGCAGCCCACUGUCAGCCUUGACCACACCGGAGGACGACACGGGCUCUGUGUACCAGUGCAGACUUUGCAAUCGGACAUUCGUCAGCAAACACGCAGUCAAACUGCACCUCAGCAAGACCCAUGGCAAGUCUCCAGAGGACCACCUGGUGUUUGUCACUGCUCUGGAGAAACUGGAGAAGCUCGACAAAAUGGAAAAAGUUUAAUCAAGCAAAUCCGUGAGCUGCUGAGGGAAAAGACUGACAGCUGUGGAACUGACUAGAAUUUCAUUGCACUAAAAUGACAUUGUUCACAGUUACUGCACUGGGCCGAACUGAGCCGCCAGAAGAAAGAAAAAAAAAAAAAAA